UUGAGAAAGCAUUUCAAUGGAGGAGCGCUUCAACUGCAGCAAUUCCCUCCGCGGGCAUGGUAGGUAUUUUUGGAUCCAUGGAUGGAUGGCCACCCAAAUUUCUCUCACACCCAAACACCUCCUUUUUGUUUCUCUCUCGGGAUUUCGACAUUCCAUUUUCGAUCCAUCUUCUUGUUAUUGCAAUGUUUGGCUAUUAGUGAAAAAUUAGGGUUUGAUUGAAUCUGGUCGGUCAGGAUCGAUUGCGGGCGUUGAUCUAUCUAGCCGUGUGCGUUGAUGUAUGAUUACUCAAUUGCAUCGACUCUUUUAGGGAAGAUCGGUUCGAAGAGUGGAGAAGAAGAUUGGGGGCAUUCCCCUUCGAUCUCGAAAUGGUUUGAAUAAAGAGGGUGAUUCUUUCGAUCUCGAAUUAGUAAUUUUCAUUUGGAAGAAUGAGCGCUUCAAGAUUCAUCAAGUGUGUGACGGUGGGGGAUGGUGCGGUUGGGAAGACUUGUCUCUUGAUUUCCUACACCAGCAACACUUUUCCGACGGAUUAUGUUCCUACUGUAUUCGAUAAUUUCAGUGCAAAUGUGGUUGUCAAUGGAAGCACUGUUAACCUUGGCCUGUGGGAUACUGCAGGACAGGAAGACUAUAACAGAUUAAGACCCUUGAGUUAUCGAGGAGCUGAUGUUUUCAUCCUUGCAUUCUCUCUCAUUAGCAAGGCUAGCUAUGAAAAUGUUUCCAAGAAGUGGAUUCCUGAAUUGAAUCAUUACGCCCCGGGUGUACCCAUAGUCCUUGUUGGCACAAAAAUUGAUCUUCGGGAUGACAAGCAGUUCUUUGAAGAUCAUCCAGGGUCUGUGCCGAUCACUACAGCACAGGGCGAGGAACUGCGAAAACAGAUCGACGCCCCUUCUUACAUUGAAUGCAGUGCAAAAACACAAGAGAAUGUGAAAGGAGUUUUUGAUGCUGCCAUUAAAGUUGUUCUUCAACCACCAAAGCAAAAGAAGAAGAAAGGAGGAAAGGCCAAGACCUGCUCUAUAUUGUAAUUUCCUGCAAUGUGUAAUUCCUUCCAACUCUUUUUACCAAUUGUUUUGUUUUCUUGGACUCAAAGUAGAAUGGCCAGUUUCCCUUUGCUUA